GUUUCGCUGGUGAACGUGGCCUCGAGACAAAUGGUCAGGAUAAAUCUGCAUCGGGGUACGGCGACACGAGAGAAGGUGGUGAUGGGCAACAACAGCAAACACCUGCAAAGAAGACUGGCAAGGCGUCCAGUCUGA